CGAGCCGCGGCACUGGGGCCAUGGGUAGCAGCCAGGAGGUGCUGGGCCAGGCUGCCCGACUGGCCUCCUCGGGUCUCCUGCUGCAGGUGUUGUUCCGACUGAUCACCUUUGUCUUGAAUGCAUUUAUUCUUCGCUUCCUAUCAAAGGAGAUUGUGGGCAUAGUGAAUGUCAGACUAACACUGCUUUACUCAACGACCAUCUUCCUGGCCAGGGAGGCCUUCCGAAGAGCCUGUCUGAGUGGGGGUGCCCAGCGAGACUGGAGUCAGACCCUCAACCUCCUGUGGCUAACUGUCCCCCUGGGUGUAUUUUGGUCCUUACUCUUGGGCUGGGUCUGGUUGCGGUUGCUCGAAGUGCCUGAUCCAAAUGUGGUCCCCUACUAUGGAGCUGGAGUGGUGCUCUUUGGGCUCUCGGCAGUGCUGGAACUUCUGGGAGAGCCUUUUUGGGUCUUGGCACAAGCACAUAUGUUUGUCAAACUCAAGGUCCUUGCUGAGAGCCUGUCGGUCAUCCUCCGGAGUGCUCUGACAGCUUCCCUUGUGCUGUGGUUGCCUCACUGGGGCUUGUACAUUUUUUCUCUGGCUCAGCUUUUCUAUACUACCGUUCUGGUGCUGUGCUAUGUGAUCUAUUUAAUAAAAUUACUGCGUUCCCCAGAAUCAGUCAAGCAACUGACUCUUCCUGUCUCCAAAAUAACACAACUGUUACCCAGUAUUACAAGAAGCAGAGCAUUUGUCAAUUGGGAAGAGGCUAAAUUGACUUGGAGUUUUUUCAAACAGUCUUUCCUGAAACAGAUUUUGACAGAAGGCGAGCGAUAUGUGAUGACAUUUUUGAAUGUAUUAAACUUUGGCGAUCAGGGUGUAUAUGACAUAGUGAAUAAUCUUGGGUCCCUUGUGGCUAGGCUAAUUUUCCAGCCAAUAGAGGAGAGUUUUUAUAUCUUCUUUGCUAAGGUACUAGAGAGGGAGAAGGAUGCCACACAUCAGAAGCAGGAGGACAUUGCUGUGGCUGCUGCAGUUUUGGAGUCCCUCCUCAAACUGGCCUUGCUGACUGGCCUGACCAUCACUGUUUUUGGUUUUGCCUAUUCUCAACUAGCUCUGGACAUCUAUGGAGGAGCCAUGCUUAGUUCAGGAUCGGGUCCUGUGUUGAUGCGUUCCUAUUGUCUCUAUGUUCUCCUGCUUGCAAUCAAUGGUGUGACUGAGUGUUUUACUUUUGCUGCCAUGAGCAAAGAAGAGGUUGACAGGUACAAUUUCACCAUGCUGGCACUGUCCUCCUCAUUUUUGGUCUUGUCCUACCUCCUGACCAGUUGGUGUGGCAGUGUGGGUUUCAUCUUGGCCAACUGCUUCAACAUGGGCAUUCGGAUCACACAGAGCCUCUACUUCAUCCACCAUUACUUCCAGAGGAGCCCUCACAGACCCCUGGCUGGCCUGCACCUGUCUCCAGUUCUCCUCGGGGCAUUUGUCCUCAGCGGUGGCAUUACUAGUGUUUCAGAGGCAUUCCUGUGUUGUGAGCAGGGCUGGCCUGCUAGGCUGGCACACAUUGCUGUGGGGACCAUCUGCUUAGGAGUGACCCUUGGGACAGCAUUCUUCACAGAGACCAAGCUGAUCCACUUUCUCAGGACUCAGUUGGGUAGAUCCAGACUCAAUGACAAAAUGACAUGACUUUGAUGAUGCUUUAACACUUUUGAUACCUGGCCCACCAUGGAGUGUUUCUUGAACAGCAUGUGCUGCUGUGCAAAAGUCCAACCGUGGAGUGAGAGCCACCCUGGAAGUGCGGUGGCAGAGGAGAGACCACCAGCCCGAGUCUUCCGACCGAGGAAGGAGUGUCUCCUAAGUGAAGACCAAAAGCAUUUUGUUAAGGAAUUCGUUCCCUUUGCGUGUGAUUGACCUUUGAAGUUACAUCUUCUAAAAACUCUGUCUUAGAUGUUAAUAGUCAUCUGAUGGCCAAGAAAAAGCAAUGUAUCCAUUGACCCUUCACAAGAGUCUGUAAAAAGAGUAAGGAGCCCCUGAACUUACACACCAAACAGGAACAAAGUGUGGCCUAAGAUCUGUGCCUUUCCGUGUGUCAGUGCUGUGGUUCUGGUGGCUAGAGAAGAAAAGUCCUACUCAGAAGUAUUUUAAAUAUUUGAAAUAAUGUUUGCCAUCUUGGGGACUGAACCUAGGGCCUCAUUUGUGCUAAGCAAGCUCUCUACCACUGAACUGUAUCCAUAUUCCCAGCCCUCACAAAUGUUGAAAACCAAGAGAUGCAGAUCUCAUUUCACUGAAGGGGUUAGGGUGGGUCUUCACUGUCAUGGUCAUGCUGUAUCUCCCAGAGCCACUCAUGUCCCAGAAUAGGCACUCGGGAUCUCUAAACUGUAGAGUGUGUCGGGUGGCUUUAGAUCUAGAUCCAGCCACUUGAAAGAGUGCCACCUUGUCCCUUAAGGCUGCUGCUUUUCAGCUUUCUUUAAUUUUGCCAUGGAAGUCUCACAGGUGAUGACCACAAUCACAUAGAUACCUCUUUUUAUCCUCAAAAUAAAACAGGACAAAUUGCAUGUGGCAAGAAUCAGAAUCAAA